AUGUUUCGACAGGACAAAGAAAAAGAAGUUACAACCAAAACAGCAAACACAGAUGAAUCUUCGUCUGUGUCAGAUAGCUCAGAUGGAAGUAAAGCGGGUGGUGCCGAUGCUAGCACCACAAGCUUUAGCUCGAAUGAAGGCCCCUGGCCCAAGUUGUUUGUCACCCAAAAUGCGAUUGUGGGAGAAAAAGAGGACAGCUUUUGGGAUGAAUUUUAUGAUUUCAAAUUAGCUUUGCUGAAAAAAGGAGGUCUUUCGGCUUGUUUUCAGCAAUUUCGAUCUACUGUGUUGACCUGUGAGCUACCAACCAAGCUUGGAACCACCUGGUUCGUUUCGACGGUGAUUUGUGUGAUAUUGGUGGCAACCAUUUGCAAUGUGCCAGGCGCUCAACAGCAAAAUGAUGAAUCAACAUCUCUGUCCUCAAAGUUGAAUUCCAAUCUACAACAACAGCAGCAGUUACCACUUGUACCUACGGCUCAACCAUCCUUGGUACCCAGUGAUCUGCCCAGCAUGGUACCUUCCGGUAUGCCCUCGGAUGGUCCUAGUAGUGUCCCUUCGCAUGUACCAACCACUCUGGCACCCACGCAGAAACCAACCCCCAAUCCAACCCCACCUCCUACCCGAGAACCAACCCGCAAUCCAACCCCACCCCCUACUCGAGAGCCCACACCACCUCCGACUCCACCGCCACCCACGGCACAGCGAAUCACCUAUGUGCCAGGGAAAUUGACCCAUCGUCAAAAUGGAUUGUUGCUGAGCGAAGGACUCCAAAGUCGGUUGGUGGCCCGUACGGGCAGUCGCGUCGUCUUGGAUGGCCGGAAUCAUGAAAAAUCCGAUCGCGCCUUUCACGAUCUACCCGAUGGAGCGGCCGUCUUUGAAGAUCCUGAUACUGGCGGUUGGGUUUAUGUCAGUAAUAGUGAAGUGCAGGCACGAGGUCAAGGUGGCGUGGGUGGAAUUUACUUUGAUCGCCAUGGGCGAACUACCGAUUACAAAAUGUUGGCACGGAAUGUUGGAAUGACUGCCAAUUGCAGUGGUGGCAAGACACCUUGGAAUACAUGGGUCACUUGCGAAGAAACGGAAAAUGGUCGUGCCUUGCAGGUGGAUCCCUUUGGCAGUCGGGGGAUUCAAGAAUUGAACAUGGACCGGGGCUACUUUGAAGCCUUUGCCCAUGACAUUCGGGAUCGGAAUCAUCCUCGAUUCUUUGUGACGGAAGACAAGGAACGAGGGCCCAUUCGAAGGUUUAGUCCCUCCAACCCAAACUGGGACGAUCCAUGGCAAUUGCUACACGGACCGGGAACGCUUGAAUAUUUGGUCAUUGAACCUAGAGGUGGAAACAAGGGAACCUUCCGUUGGACUACCGACAAGGGUUAUGCCAAGACCAAUGCUGCCUUGUAUUAUCCAUAUACCGAAGGCAUUGAUGUAUGGAGGCAUGAGCUCUUUUUCACUACCAAGGAACGCAAGGAACUUUAUAUUUUGCAUCUGGACAACAAGACGUUUGAAAAGCAAUCCACAGUCUCGGGAGUCUUUGAUGGUAUGCCCGAUCAAGUCAAGAGAAUUGUCGGUGACGGACUGCUGUACUUUUGUGAAGAAGGCGGCGUAGAGAAUGGAGUCCACGCUCGUGAUGAGAAUGGAUGGUAUUUUACUGUCUUGGAGACAGAUUCAUUCAAUGACGAGUCUACUGGACUGGCCUUUUCGCCCAAUGGGAAACGAAUGUAUGUUGCUUUCCAACACAGUGGAAAGAUUUUUGAUAUUUGGAGGGAAGAUGGACUUCCUUUUCAUGGACAGACUCUCAGCGUCAGAUACCAUGAAUUCAAAGAACGACGCUAG